GCCUCCCACACACAACACUCCCCCUACACACUACACUGCUCCUACACGCGACACUGCUCCUACACACGACACUGCUCCUACACGUGACACUGCUCCUACACACUACACUCCUACACACUACACUGCUCCUACACACUACAACGCUCCGCUCCUACACACGACACUCCUACACUCCUGCACCACGCCCGUCACGGUGUUUGUGCGUUCACGUUGGGCACUCCACCAGCAGUGGAUAUCUCGAACAAGUCAGCCCACUUGUGCUUUGUGGGUUGGAACUCGUGCCUGCUGAAGUUCCCCACUCCCAGGAGGAAGGCCGCGUGACCGAUGGGAUGUUGUAGGACUUUUUUAAUGUGGAGGGGUACAGAUAUGCGAGGGACUCGUACUGUGUGUUUUUGUGUUACCGUCAUGUAAUCUACAAUGACGCGAAUUUGUAUUGUGAUGCACGCUAUAUGAAUCUGGUACAUUGGCAGCUUACACUGUGCUUGAUGAUAAUGGUGGUUUUCAUUGUGGUUUCGAAAGUUUAGCAUUCUGAUAAUGAUCAUUAAUGUUGCAAGGGUUAUGAAUUGCAAUGUCAGAAUCGUAUAGACUGCGGAAAAUCCGACCAAGUGCUGUGAAGCUCUUUAUCACGGAUGCCCAGCAAUGUGCCUCAAUCAUUGGGGCACUAAGGACCGUGAGAAUUACAUCCGUGCUCUCGGGUGUUGAACGAGUGGGGUGGGAUGUGGCACUGUUCAAAAGAGACUGAGAUGAGAACCUCUCGCCCUUCCGGUCCCACCAGUCUUCACGCUGCUGUACUCGCUGCACACAUUCCACAGUGGAAUAUUUUUUUGUGGUGUUUGUCAACCAUCUGUGACCCCCCCCACCCACCCACCCUACGCACGGCACGAGUGAACGGUGACCGCCAUGGCAUGAACUAGCACGUGGUGGUUGGUGGUGGUGAUAAUGACGAUGCUCGACGGCUUUGUGUGUGUCUGUAAGCCAUCGCGUGAGCAGGCCAAGACCAUCGGGCUCACUUAACCCACAAGCGGCCACCACCACCGCCCGUGGUUGUCAUCACAGAAUUGUAACAACGAAAGAGAUAUCGGCAGGGCCUUCCCGUCCGUGACCUUCCCGUCCGUGACCUUCUGACACCGAUCGGUGAGAAGGAGGCAAUGCCGUGUCCGCUGGGGGUCGGGGGUCCGGCGCACGAAGCCGACCAGGUGACGCUGCCCUACGCGUCCGUGCAGCGCCACCUCGUGGGCGAGCUGGUGCCGUGCCUGCGCCUGACGGCGGGCGCACGAGACCUGCUGCGCGUGGCGUGCACGCGCUUCGUGCGCCACGUGUCCAGCGAGGCGAACACGGCGUGCGCCCAUGCGCAGCGCAAGACCAUCUCCCCUGAGCACGUCAUCCAGGCACUGGAGCGCCUGGGUCUGGCGGGCAGCAUGGGCGAGCUGCGCGCGUGUCACGCCGAGUUCCGUGCGCUGGCGCUGUCUCGCCGCCGCCGCGCCACCCGUCGCCUCGAGGCGCUUGGCGUGCCGGAGCCGGAGCUGCUGCGCCAGCAGCAGGCGCUCAUUGAGCAGGCGAGGCGCGAGCUGUUACCCCCCACACCCCCUCCCCCCCGGACCCUUUCCCCCGCAACGCGCGUGCAGUCCCAUCACCGUCGUUUACGCUCGAGUAUUUAGCACGUUGUGCCGAGUGGCACUCGGUCGCGUGCACAAUGCGCGUGAUGCUACUGUGCGAGGAGGUACACUAAUAAAGCAAACGAGAAGCAACCUCCUCUGUUUUAUUAGCAGCGUCAUGGCGCUCACGUUGGCGUGAAUGCGGUCGUGUUAGCAUGGAGCUGCAUGUGCAACACGAGUGUGUGUGCUAACCCUUUCCCGUUCCGAGGCGACUGCAGGUUGCAGGCUGGGAUGUCCCGUUCACUGGUAAAUCUCGGAACGCGUAAGCGGUUGGUUUUAUUUGGAGAGGCGGCGUAGCGCCGUUGUUUUUCAAGACAUUGUAGUCACCGUAGAGAACUGUAGCGACACGACCGCACUCUACAAUCGCUGGCGCCAAACUGUGCCACACGCCCUCCCGCAUGGCCUUGUGGAAGCUUCGAUACCGAUAAAAGUUCUUUCAUCUUCGUUUUUCUUCUGGUUACGUACAUGAUGACGUACUUGUACGCCAUCGGAAUGGGCAAGCGGCUGACGCCGUUAUCACAGCACCAGGAGCACAGAACUCUCCUUUAGCCGCAAACGCUCAUGUUUCAGAAUGUUGUGAUCAAAACAGCAAACGUUAACGGUGUAAAGGAGUACACGGCAAAGUGGAACCGUGCUCUUUAUGAAGCCAACCCACACCACGACGCUUCGAGCAAGCAGAAUCGCAAAGGCACAUUUAGUCCUCGGACCUAAGAGUUCUCAACCCAUUCCUCUCUCCUGACCAAUGCCACUUGAAUCUCCCCAAGGGGUUUUGUUUUAGCGGACCCCAGUUUUACCAAUUUAAUUUCCCCAGGGUUUUGUACUCUUCACCUUCCCUGGCAAAUCAAAAGGUGAGCGGCCUCGCACUACGCAAAUCGGGCAAACGCUCGUUGCAAGCUCGUGUAAACCUGGCGCUUCGCAAGCCCCUGUCCGUGACAGCGGGCGAUGGGGAAAAUGCUCCGCAUUUUAAAUGAUCAGUCGUUAACCUGUCGUGGGCUGGAGUGUUCUCAUUAUUAACCAAUUGGGUAAGGUUUGUGUGAGCGAUUUAUAUGGAGCUCAUAUUUGUCUACUCAAAAUUCGCCGUAUGCAGUUUGAAUUUACUCAUAUGCGGCUAUGCGGUCUGACGUGGUACAACAUUGUCUGGACUGAAUGUGCUACCCAGCAGGCUAUGCGGUCAGACGUGGUACAACAUUGUGUGGACUGAAUGUGCUACCCAGCAGGCUAUGCGGUCUGACGUGGUACAACAUUGUGUGGACUGAAUGUGCUACCCAGCAGGCUGUGCGGUUGGACGUGGUACAACAUUGUGUGGACUGAAUGUGCUACCCAGCAGGCUGUGCGGUUGGACGUGGUACAACAUUGUGUGGACUGAAUGUGCUACCCAGCAGGCUAUGCGGUUGGAUGUGGGACAACAUUGUGUGCUCUAUGUACUGUGUGUACCAUAUUCUACUACUCUGCACGCAGCGGUCAUCGUGCGGUUUCGCUUUGUGCGCCGUUUUAUUGGAAGGCAUUUACCGGAUGAAGCGAGGGAAGCCUGCACUCGGGUACUGGGCGAUUCUGGCUGGGUGGCGUUGCGUCUUGGCACCCUAUUCACAAUUAGAACGGCAUGAGUUUAAAUCUCAGCUGAGGGUAAAUUCAGCCAAUCAUCCCUCUGGGAGUUAAUACAUUCAGUGAUUCUUCGUGUUUUUUCGUGAGAAUUCAAGGUGGUUGUUAUCCAGCGGGCUGGUCCAUACCGUAUACCUGGUAAACAUGGAACAUUAGGCUGACGUUUGGCGAUCGUUUGUCCAACAGUUCCAACCACAUGCCAAUGUUUGCCCAACGUUAAUAUUUACUGGGUGAAUGACAUUUUCCCUGCCAGCUCAGGACUGCCAAUGAGUUGGAUGAGCUGUGUACAGACGUGUUUUGAAGGGUUUUUUUUUUAAAUAAUCCUUGGAACAUUGAUUUAUAAUCCCUGGAACAUUGAUGCAACAAGUGCAUUGACCUUCAAGUUGACCAUGCAUAAUGAUAAUUGUUUGAGCAAGGUCAGUUAAUCCAAUGCAGGCCAUGGACUUGUGCGUGCCUGAGUGUGCUCAUGCCAUGGACUCGUGUGUAUGUUGAACUUCUUUCGCACCGUACAUAGCCAACCGUGCUAAUUGGAGGUGCAGGGAACUUGUG